UUCUGAUGCUGCACAGAAAAUUGGCCGGCAAAAGACAAUUCAGCCAAUCAGGACCCGAGUUGUCAAGAAUUAUCAGAGUUUGAUUGGAACUGUCAAUUUGGGCUCCAGCCAUUUACUGUUCGGGGCGGUUCCUCACUGAGUUUAAAAUGGCGGAUUGUAGGGCAGACUGUAAUCGGUUCAGAAAAUGGCCAGGAUCAAGCAGACACCGCGCAAAUCAACUGGAGGGAAAGCUCCCCGCAAACAGUUGGCUACCAAAGCGGCCCGGAAGAGCGCUCGAGCCACGGGCGGAGUGAAGAAGCCUCAUCGCUACAGACCCGGCACUGUGGCUCCGAGGGAUAUCCGCCGCUACCAGAGGUCCAAGCUGCUGAUCCACAAAGUGGUUUUCCUGAGCCUGGUGCGAGAGAUCGCUCAGGACUUGAGCGUCCUGCUCGUCCAGGGCUCUGCCGUCAUGGUCCUGCAGGAGAGCAGCGAGGCUUACCUGGAGAACCUCUUUGAGGACGCCAACCUGUGCGCCAUGCACGCCAAGCGAGUCACCAUCAUGCCCGAAGACAUCCAGCUGGCCCGCCGCAUCCGCGGGGAACGCGCCUAA